AUGCAGGUUAGGAAAGUUUGGAGAAGUGCUGGGCCGGAUGUGCGACUGCUCUGGCUCUCGGUUUUUGUGCGUUUGAUGUCAUAUGGACUCAGCAACCAAGUUCUCACACUGUUUCUGCAUGAAGUUGGCUGUUCGGAGGCUCAGAUGGGGUGGUUCAUGUCCCUGACGCUCGUGGGGGACGUAGGACUGUCCUACGUACUGACGUGGUAUGCGGAUCGGUGGGGUCGUCGAAAGGUGCUGGUGGUAGGCGGCGUGCUGAUGGCGGCGUCGGGGGCGGUGUUCAGCACGAUGCGGAACUUUUACGUGCUACUGGCGUUUGCGGUUGCGGGGGUAAUCUCGCCGUCGAGCGACGAAGUGGGCCCGUUCAAGUCGAUCGAAGAGUCGAUGAUGGCGCACAUGACGCCACACCACAAGAGGCCGGAAGUGUAUAGCAUGCACGCGCUGGUGGGGACGCUGGGCGGGGCGCUUGGAUCGGUUGCCAGCGGGUGGCUGGUCGAUGCACUCCGAGGGUAUGGCUUGGCCACAGACCUUGCAUGCUACCGAGUGGUGUUUGCGGUGUAUACGGCCCUGGCGCUGGCGAAGGUGGUACUGAUGCUCCUACUUUCGGACACAGCUGAAAGGAACCUUACAGAAGAAGAGAGCGCGGGGGUGCUUUCGAGACUGGCGGCUGAUGAUGACAGCGCGCCACUGCUGCCGCGCAACACAGGGCGCCUGGCGCCGGGCACAGUUGCGGUGCUGUUGAAGCUGCUGGUCGUAUUCAUGCUUGAUUCACUGGGAUCCGGGUUCAUGACCAGUUCUUGGACGGUUUACUACUACAGCAAGGUCUUUGGUAUGUCUGCCUUUGCGCUUGGUGUAUUAUUCUUUGCAUGCCGGUUGAUCAUGGCCGUGUCCAACAUUCCAUCCGCGAAGAUUGCUCGGCUGUUCGGCCCGGUGAAGGCAACGCUACUCGUACAGAUCCCGUCUGGAAUCUUCUCCAUCUUAAUCCCGUUCGCUGAACCACAUUUAGGGUCUUCGGUCGCAUUGCUCCUCCUCUUCAACUUUACGACUGCGAUGGAUGUGACGCCGCGGCAGAUCCUGCUCACGAACAUUAUCCACCCUAACGAUCUAACACGAGUAAUGGGAAUUGUAAACAUUGGUAAGACGUCUGUUCGCUGUGUUGGGCCUAUCUUCACUGGAAUGCUUGCAUCGAGCGGUCGCUUAUGGGUUUGCUACGUUAUAAGCGGAGCAUUGGUGAUCUUAGCGGACAUAAUCUUAGGCGCCUUUUUCUAUGGUAUUGACGGAAAGAUUUUAUCAAAAAUGAAUAUAUACUAG